AUAGUGUCGUCGUGUCUCAAAUCAAUAAAACAAUAAUUCAUCUGUGCUAUAUAAAGGUAACAUUCGUUGUACAAAAUAUCAUCUAUUUAUUCAUCAUCACUUCACUAAUAUUUUUAAUACAUUACGUUACCACUUUGAUAGAGCGGUUCCGGAAGUUGAUCAUUAUUUACAUUACUUCUAUAGUCAGCUGCCAGUUUUGAGUAGAGUAUUGAAAUGGCUGAAACUGCUUUGAAUUUUGGACCUGAUUGGCUGCGUGCGUUGGCUCACGAUUCUACACCAACUUCACAACCUGCUACUGCAUCUGCUGCAGCUGCUCCAAAAUACCGUUUAGCAGAAUUUCGCUAUGGUCGUGAGGAAAUGUUAGCUUUGAUACCAAAAGAUCCUGAUUUACCAGAAGAUUUAAAGGAAUUUCCACAUUUGGUGCGUGAUAAAUUCCAAGUCCCGUUAGCUUUGACACCGGUGACAGAAGAAGAACAGCGAAUAUGGGCCAGAUCAGUUAAUAGUGAUGCUGUUCUGAGGCAGUCUGGUAAAGGAGGACCUGGCAGUGGAAUGGGCAGAAGUGGCAGAGGAGGAGGCUCGGUUGAUAGAGGGAGAGGACGUGGUCGCGGUGGGUAUUAUCAACGGGGUCUGACCUAUGAAGAUACGGAGGAAGGACCUUCUACAAGCUUCUCUCGUCCUAAACCCAUAGAGAGAAGCCAAAGUGCAAGUGAAAAAGAUCAGAGAUGGGAUGACAGGGACCGUCGGUUUGAUCGAACAUUUUCAGGUCGAGGCAGUGAAGAAAUUACAACUAAAGAUCCUUCUCGUGGUAAUAAUGAGUAUUGGAGGAAAUUUGAGAAAGAUGAAGAUGGGGAUUGGCGGACAUCAAAUCCUCGUUCUUCAUCUGAUAAAUCAGGAGGAAGAGGUUCUUGGCGAAGUUCUUCAGACAAGGAUAAGCGUGAAGGUUUUGAGAGGGUUUCUUCAAAUCGAGGUGCCGGUGCUCGCAGUGGUUCUCAUCAAAAAGGUAAUCAUUUACCGGAAUGGAGUGUUGAAGAAGAUAAUGAACCCGAUAUUGUUGGUACUUUCGAUUCCAGUGGGGCGUUUUUAGAAACUAAGGCAGCUGAAUGUAGUUUAGAUGAAAUAUAUGCUUCAGAUGAUGCUGAUGAAGGGACUCUUAAAGCUAGCCCAGAAGCAAAAUCUGAAGUGCCAAAGAAGUCUCUAAAAAAUUCUCCAAGCUCACCUUCGGUGAAAAAGAAGUCGGCAAAAUCCAAAGCAUCUAACGUCGGUGAAGAAUUUGUUGGAGAGAAGCAUUCACCUCAGCAUGUUUCUGAACCUUGUAAAAGUGACUAUGAACCCCAUACAGUUAGUUCAACUGUAGAUGUUCAACAACAAAAUGUGAUAAAACAAUGUGCUAUAUCAGAACAAUGUCAUAAUGUUAUAAAACAAACUGAUUAUAAACCUGUUAACUUGCCAAAUGUGCCUGAUAUUGUGAAAAGUACAAUAGACAAAAAUGCAAUUUUAACAAACGCAAGAGCUUCAGAAGCAUCUGCUUGUUCUGUGACUACGGAAGAAGAUGCUUUUGCCCAUCAUAAAAAGGCAACAGAAAAUAUGGUUGCUCAAUGGACAGAAGAGGAGGAACAGCGUGUCAUAUCUCAGACUUCCGAGGGUGGUCAUUCUUCACAUCAAGAAAUAGAAAUCAAAUGGUUUUAUGAAGAUCCACAAGGAAAAGUACAAGGUCCAUUUACAUCUCCUGAAAUGUUGGAGUGGUUCAGUGCAGGCUACUUCACAAUGAGUUUAAAAGUGCGAAGAGAAUGUGAUAAAAAGUUUUCGCAUCUUGGGGAACUCAUUAAAUCUUGGGGACGUGUUCCUUUCAUGCCUGGAUCCAUUCCACCACCAGUGCCAGCUGCAGCUGAGGCAUCUAUUCCCAAUUGCUUUAAUGAGGUCCUAGCAAAACCGAACUCAGUGCCACUUAUUCCAGCGCCAGUUCCUGCUAAACAUGAUGAACAGCUACUAGCUUUUGGAAACCAACUGCUACAGCAGCAUUUGAUGCAACAGCAAAUCAUGCUAAGGCAAGCUCAAUUACAACUUCUUUCGCAAUUGAAGCAGCAAGAAAAUUUAUCAAACCUAACUCCACAGCAAAAACAGCUUAUGUUACAACAGUUUGCUGCACAACAACAAUUGCCUAAUCCAAACAUAAAUCCAAUGCCUGAUCCUUUACAACUGCAACUUCUUGGCCUUGGUCCAGUGCCUCCUUUAGUGAAGAGUGAUAUGUCUUUAUGGAAUGCAACACCUGGAUCAGCUGAAAUAUGGCCUGGCAAUUUAAAUACUGCACAACAACCUGGUGGAAGUAUUUGGGAUGUAGAUGCUCAAAAACAAAGCGCAGAAGAAUCUGAAGCAGAAAAACAAAAGCUAUUGUCUGAAGAGCUUGAAAAAGCAAGGAAGGCAGAAGAAGAACGUCUACAGCUGGAAAGAGAACUAGAAAAAAAGAGAAAGUUGGAAGAGCAAUUGCGAAAGAAAGAAGAGGAGACACUUAGAGAGCUUCAAAAACAAGAAGAAGAACGCAAGAAACUUGAGGAAAUGAGGAAAAAAGAAGAAAGAUUAUUGGAGGAAAAACGAAAGUUGGAAGAACAGCUGCGGUUAGAAGAGCUGCAAAGGCAAGAAGAAAAGAAAAAACAAGAAGAGCUUAGAAAACUUGAAGAGCAGAAAAUGUUGGAAGAAAUGAAAAGACAAGAAGAAAAGAAGCGCAUCGAAGAGCUUAAAAGAAAAGAAGAAGAGCAGCGAAGACAGGAGGAACUGCGAAAGCAAGAAGAGCUUAAAAAGUUGGAAGAAAGGAGAAAGAAAGAGGAACUUCAGAAAAAGCUGCAAAUGGAAAAAGAGAGAGAGCUGCAGUUAGAGUUAGAACGCCAAAGACAAGCUCAAUUGCAGAGGGAAAUGGAAGAGAAAUUACAGAGAGAGAGGGAAAGAGAGAGAGAAGAGAUGGAAUUGAAAAGGCUAGCUGAGAUGAGAAAAGCUCAGGGUCCUGUGUGGGGAGUGCAAAAUGCACAAAAUAAUGCUCAGUUGUCCUUGGCGGAUAUUCAAAGGUUACAGGAAGAAAAAGAAAGAGAGGAAAGAGAAGAGAAAAUCCGCUUACAGUUGUUGCAGCAACAUGCUGCAAAACAAGUUCAACAAAACAAAAAUGGUCUUACCUGGGCUAAAAGAUCUGCAGAUUCAUCACCUGCUGUCAAAUCAUUGGCAGAAAUACAGCAGGAAGAAUCUGAUAGGUUAGCCCAGUUGCAACGGAAUCAGAAACCCCAAACGCCUGCUCCUGUUGCAAAUACAAAUGUUGGUGUUUGGGGAAAUCCUAGUCAUCUAAAUAAAAUUACUGCAGCUCCGCAGAGUUGGAAUGUUGCUAGUGCACCACCAACAAGUGGCUUUUGGGAUGAUGCUCUAAACAGCACUCAGACUCGAAAACAGCCAUCAAAACCCAACGAUAGUGCCUUUCCAGCACUAGCACUUCCCUUACAAACUGCUGCAGCUGGUAGCAAUAAAAGUAAAAAUGUCCGAGCCAAAAAAGAUGAGGAUGUUGUUACAAAAUUAUUUAGUUCUCACCGUAAGCCCACCGACGAAUUCACCAAAUGGUGUACUGAUGCUCUCCAGACUAUGCCUUCAUCUGUUGAUGUUCCCACAUUUGUUGCAUUUUUAAAAGACAUAGAAUCUCCUUACGAGGUGUAUGAUUAUGUAAAAUCAUAUUUGGGUGAAGGUAAAGAGCCACGUGAAUUUGCCAAACAAUUUCUUGAAAGGAGGAGUAAAUAUCGAAAUCAAGCAAAACAAUCAGUUUCUGAAGACAACACACUAUGGGGACCAGCACCUGCCAUAACACCAGCUGUAAACAAGCCUUCUGUACAAAGCUCAAUUGACAACGAUGGCAACUCAAACACAAAAGGCAAGACAAAAAAGAGAAAAGGCAGAAUGCAAAAGCUGGAUAGCUCAAUGCUGGGAUUUACUGUUCAGUCAAAUCCUGAUCGUUUGAACGUCGGAGAGAUUGACCAUGUUGAUGGCAUGUGAUUACAUUUUUGAGUCCACAUUGUUGCUAAUUUACUUUUAACUGAAUGUUCAGGUGCUGAAAAUAUUCUGACUUCUCAACAACAGAGAAAAAUAUUUUUCAGUUAGAUGUGAUAAAAUCGAAAGAAAUUGGAAACCAGCCAAUAGAUGUGAUAAAAAUAUUUAAUUGUACAAUAAAAGAUUAUAAAAAUAUAUAAAUGUUUUACUGCCGGAAAGAGAAUUAUUCCUAACUAUUCAAAAAAAAAAACCUCACAUGGUUUUAAAUUGAUGCAAUGUAUUAUAAAAAAAUGGAAAUAUUAUGUCUACUAUGUAUAAUUAUAUACCAGAGAGUUUUCUUUGGUACAUUUGUAGACUCUGUAAAUAAAUUUAUAAGCUUGCAGUAAAAUUGCUUUGUACAGUUUUGUGGCUGUCUUAUUUUUAAAAUAAAGUAUGACAGUGUGUGUUUUA